AACGAAUCUCUUCACCUGGACAUUUUUCAGCAAAAUGUUCUUAUUGUCCAGCUAAGUGGUCAAGAGGUGAACCACAAAAACUUGAAGCCCAUCUUGCAUUAGAGUGUCCUAUUGUAGAUAAUGAGAUUCGGCAAAUAUAUUUACUUCAUGUGGCUUAUUGUGAUAAUCUUGAAGAACAGUCAGAAAACAUAACUGAAAAUUUAUCUGAAGAGCGAAUAAGCUCUAUAAACGGCUCAUUACUAAAAGCAUUUGUGGUCUGUGAUAUUCCUUUUUCAGUAAUUGAAAACCCAUUUUUUAUCGAUCUACUUCAAAAUUUGUGUCCAAAUUAUCAACCACCAUCAAGAGAAAUUUUAGCAGUACGAUUAUUAGAUCAAGAGUAUUCUAGAGUUACAAUUAAACAGGAAAUUAUUUUUGAAGAAUCUGAGAAUUAA